AUGUCAAUGGAACAACUCAUAGUAAGUUGUGACUCUAAAUAUUAUUGGAAUAGUUAUGCUCAUGUUAAUAUUCAUGAAGAAAUGAUUCAAGAUGAACAUCGUACACAAACUUAUAAAAAAGCAAUUGAAUGUUUUUGUAGAGGAAAAAUAGUUGUUGAUGUAGGUUGUGGAACAGGAAUAUUAUCAUUAUUUGCAGCAACAGCAGGAGCAAAACGAGUUUAUGCAAUUGAUAUGAGUGAUAUUGCGCAUUAUGCCAGAUAUAUUGUAGAACAAAAUGGAUUUAAAGAUAUUAUUACAGUUAUAAAAGAACAAGUUGAAAAAGUCUUUCUAGCAGAAAAAGUAGAUGUAAUAGUUAGUGAAUGGAUGGGAUAUAAUUUAUUAUUUGAAGGAAUGUUAGCAAGUGUAAUUACAGCUAGAAGAUUUCUUAAACCAAAUGGAAUUAUUUUACCAAAUCAAUGUCGAUUAUUUAUAACUGCAAUUCAAGGUGAUGAUGAAUUUAUUUUAAGAAAGAAAAGUUUUAUUGAAAUAUAUGGAAAUUUAGAUAUUAUUGAUGAUAUUUGUAUAGUUGAACCUUCAAUUCAAAAUAUUAAUCCUUCACGAGUUGUUUCAACUCAUUGUAUUAUUGCUGAUUUUAAUAUGUUAACAAUGAAAGUAAAUGACGUUAAUUUUACAAGUCCUUUUACAAUAGAAAUUAUUCAAAAUACUCAAGUUUGUGGGUUUUGUUGUUAUUUUGAUUGUCUUUUUUAUGGUAAAGCUCAUUUAACAACAAAACCUGGUCAACCAACUCAUUGGAAACAAACUUUAUUUUUUUUAAAAAAUCCAUUAAAAUGUAAAUUAGGUGAUCAAAUUAAAGGAUUAUAUACGUGUCACGCUAAUUCUAAAAAUCCAAGAAAUCUUGAUAUAAUAAUUCAAUUUAGUCAUAUAAAUCAAUGUUACAAAAUAGAAUAUCAUUUAAAUUAA